AUGAGUCAGCGUCUUCUACGAAUUGAGGCCGAUGUACAUCAGCUGAAGGAAAUUCUCUUGCCAACUUCUUCCCCUGACCCACAAAAUGAUGAUGAUCAAAAAGGGGGAGACACUGAUGAUGAUCAAAAUGGGAGAGACACUGAUGAUGAUCCAAAAGAGGGAGACACUGAAUAUGUUGAGCUUGGAUCUACGGACAACACUUUAGUCCAGACUGAGCCACCACAGACGAUGCACGAGUCUGAUCCAAAAGAGGGAGACACUGAAUAUGUUGAGCUUGGAUCUACGGACAACACUUUAGUCCAGACUGAGCCACCACAGACGAUGCACAAGUCUGAUAAACUAGUUGCUGAGGAACCUGAUAGACCAACAGAUAUUGAAAAGCUUGCUGAAGAUAGUGAGCAUGAUGAUGAACAUGAUGAUGAGUGUCAGAUCCUGGACAUGAAAUUUAUUGAUCCCACUAUUCCAGCUAAAGGAGAUGUCUCAAAGGAUAAUGAAGAUGAACAUGAUGAAGGUAAAAUGCUAGAUAUGAAAUUCAUUGAUCCUAUUAUACCAGUCCAAGGAGAAGAUUCAGAUGUAGCUAGUGAGGAUACUCAACCUCUAUCUCGCAAGCGCAAGGCAGCAGAUACUGAUUUGGCUUCUUCACACACUGAUACUUCUCUGCCUAGCAAGAAACCUAAGUCCAUACAUCAGCUUCAGGUCAAAGGAUCCUUUGAAUCUCAGAUGCAGAAGUUCUUAGAAUAUCAGUCCAAAUCUAAAUCUUCCCAGCCUCCUCCCAGUAACAGCAAGUCAAGGACUGAAAAUAUUCUUGACAGGAUUGAUCGAAAGAAGUUUCAAGAUGUUCUUAAAUGA